AUGCAUGAUCUUGGAAGUCCUACUUGGCUACACUUUCAUCCCAGUGUGCGAAUGACAGCAAGUGGGUCGUUUCAUCCGAUCAUGACUGAGCAGGACAUUAUCUUUACGGCUGGGACGCCUGCCACCGAGCUGACGACCGCGCAGCGUCACUACGUCCAGUACAUGAUUCAGCAGGUACAGAUCGACCAACAGGCAACUUUUAGCGGAGGAGAAAAAGAUACCCAAGCCAUAUUGAAAUGGGUCAGAGACAUGGAGGAGCAUUUCUACGGCCUGUUUGUCCAGCCGGAACUGUGGGUGAUUCUGGCGGCUGUGCGGUUAAAAGGGGAGGCUCGGAGCUGGUUUGCGGAGGUGGAAAAGGAGCACAUUUUUGGCGACUGGAACCGGUUCAAAACGGCAUUCAUUGAAAAAUGGAGUCCCGACUACUUCCAUAAAGUCAUCACAGCUUACCAUGGAAUCAGGCAAGAUGAAGAGGAGACAGUCGACGACUUCUAUGCCAAGUUCCGACUGCUGCGAGAUAACCUACCCGAAAGAGAUCCAGAGUCAAUUGCUAAGGUGCUCUUUGUGAACGCCCUGCGGCCAGGCUUGCAUGAAAUCGUUGUACGCCAGUUUCAUGAUUCGGUUGAGUCGACCUACAAGACCGCCAGACUCGUAAUGGUGCUGCAGGACAGUGUUGAGAGCAGCACCCGAGCAACAGGCAGCCAGACCCAGAAAGCUACGGAAAAUUUUGGUGACCAGAAUAGCCAGAAGGCAAACAAAGCGACUCGGACUAAUAAAACGAUUGGUGUUAAGGCAUGCUUCUUGUGCAACCAAACAGGUCACUUGGUCAGGGAUUGUCCCCAGUACCAGGCGAAAUUCUGCUUGCACUGUCGCACUAACGAUCACUCGACUGCCGAUUGUCUAUUCAAAUAUGGACCCAACCGCAAAAGAGACAAAAAAGUACCCAUCUGUUACAAGUGCAGUGAGAGUGGUCAUAUUGCCAGAGACUGCACUUAUUCUCCGUUUGGUAUAACCUAUGUGCGUGGUCAGUCAACCGCUGGCAGGUCGUCGUGCUCGCCUCCUAAGGCAGCUGUUGAAAAGGGAAGCGAUACGAGUUAUGCCGAAAGUUCGGGCUCACUUGAGGGAGCUAUCGAAACAGCAAGCGAUGCUGACCGCCAAGCUCAAAGUGAUGGUGAUGAUAAGCUCUCUGAAAUGCUGGGAUAUGGUCAUGGAACUGACUACUCCCCACCGUCUCCCAUUACAAAGUGUUUUCGUUGCAGGGAAUUUGGCCACUUGACUCAAGAGUGCACUGCCCCUCUGGAAAUGUCGCAUAUCGAAUACACAUCGAAGGACAAGUGCCUCAGGUGCAAGAAGAGAGGUCACAGAGAUAUAGACUGUCCGGAACCAAAUACAGCAGAGACCGAAUCCCUCGAGGCUGAGACCCAUGAGACUAAUUCUGUGGCUUCUGCGGACUCUGUGGAACCUGUGGACCUCAUUGAAAAUCAGCCGGUUGAAAUAUCUCAAGGAGAGGUUCAUUCCACCGAAGACCUGGGGUUUGCAUCGGAGUAA